CUCCAUUCCUUUUGUCACGCCCCUUCACUCUGGGAUUGGUCCUGUGGCGAGUGGACCUCCCCACCCCACAGUCAGCCAUGACAGCUCUGCAGCUCCGACUCCGCUCUGCCUUGGCCCUGGUCACAGGUGCAGGCAGCGGCAUCGGCCGAGCGGUCAGUGUGCGCCUGGCCAGAGAGGGGGCCGCUGUGGCUGCUUGCGACAUAGACGGGGCAGCAGCUCGGAAAACUGUCCAACUGCUGGGCCAGCCCCAGAGUGAGGAGGGGGAACCCCCCAGGACCCACGCCGCCUUCCAGGCUGACGUGUCGGAAGCAGGGGCUGUCAGGCACCUGCUGGAACAAGUGCAGGCCUGCUUCUCUCGCCCACCAUCUGUUGUUGUGUCCUGUGCGGGCAUCACAAGGGAUGAAUUUCUGCUGCACAUGUCUGAAGAUGACUGGGACAAAGUCUUAGCUGUCAACCUCAAGGGCACCUUUUUGGUGACUCAGGCUGCAGCCCAAGCUCUAGUGUCCAGUGGUUGCCAUGGCUCCAUCAUCAACAUCAGCAGCAUCGUAGGGAAGGUGGGGAACCUGGGACAGACAAACUAUGCAGCAUCCAAGGCUGGAGUGGUUGGGCUGACUCAAACUGCUGCCAAGGAGCUUGCACGACAUGGAAUCCGCUGUAAUUCUGUCCUCCCAGGGUUCAUUACAACACCCAUGACACAGAAAGUGCCACAGAAAGUGCUGGAUAAGGUGACUCAGAUAAUCCCGAUGGGACAUUUGGGAGACACUGAGGAUGUAGCAGAUGUGGUUGCAUUCUUAGCAUCGGAAGACAGUGGAUACAUCACAGGGGCCUCAGUGGAAGUCACUGGAGGUCUUUUCAUGUAACCGCCUCAAGGACCCUGAAUUCUGCUCACUCCCGACCACUCUUCAUGGCCUCCUGCUGAUGAGGAUUUUGAGUUCCCAGGCUACAAAGGAGGUGGCAGUGUAUGAUUCAGGAACGCUGAAUAUGAGAAGCAGGGGUGCUUGUGACCCUAAUAAAUUCCAAAUCCUCUUCCCUGCCA